AUGGCAGCCUCGAAGAUGAAAGCUGUCAACUAUGUUGGCCCUAACGAAGUCCGCGUUGAGGAUGUGGAAUUGCCCAAAAUUGAACACCCUGAUGAUGUUAUUGUAAAGAUCACGACGUCAGCCAUCUGUGGCUCCGACCUUCAUAUGUAUGAGGGGCGAACAGCUGCUAAGCCCGGAAUCACUUUCGGGCAUGAGAACAUGGGCAUUGUCCAGGAAGUCGGAGAUGGCGUCUCUCUGCUCAAGAAGGGUGACCGGAUUGUGUUGCCUUUUAACGUUGCUGACGGACGAUGCCGAAACUGCGAAGAGGGAAAGACAGCGUUCUGUACAGGAGUGAAUCCUGGGUUCGCUGGCGGUGCUUACGGCUAUGUUUCUAUGGGACCAUAUCGCGGAGGCCAGGCGCAAUAUCUUCGGGUCCCCUACGCCGACUUCAAUGCGUUGCAGCUUCCUGCUGGUAAAGAGUUUGAGGCGGACUUUAUCCUCCUAGCAGAUAUUUUCCCUACCGGCUGGCACGGCGUCGAAAUUUCCGGCUUCCGGUCUGGUGAGAGCAUCGCUGUGUUCGGUGCUGGGCCGGUCGGCCUCAUGGCUGCAUACUCGGCAGUCCUGCGUGGAGCAAGCCGCGUCUAUGUUGUGGACCGCGUCCCGGAGCGCCUCCAGGCUGCGACCAAGAUCGGCUGCACCGCGAUCGACUUCUCCAAGGGAGAUCCUGUCGAGCAGAUCACAAAAGCCAACGGCGGGCUGGUGGACCGCUGUGUCGAUGCUGUUGGCUAUCAGGCCAGCAACAGAUCGGGUUCUGGCGAACAGGCCAACAUCGUUCUCGAGAACAUGAUCAGCGUCACGCGUCCCUGUGGCGGCUUGGGCAUUCCAGGACUCUAUGUCCCGAGUGAUCCUGGUGCUGCCGAUGCUGCAACGCGCAACGGAAUGCUUAGCAUCAGCUUCGGCAAACUCUUUGAAAAGGCAAGUAAGGGCCUCACUAUUGGCACAGGACAGUGCAAUGUCAAGUCUUACAACCGUUACCUCCGAGAUCUGAUCAUUUCCGGCAAAGCAAAGCCUAGUUUUGUGGUUUCCCAUGAGAUUUCAAUCAACGACGCCGCAGAUGCGUAUCACAAGUUUGCGAAGCGCAUCGAUGGCUACACCAAAGUGCUCAUUCACCCAAACGGGGACUUUUAG